AUUGCCCAUGUGGAACAACAAUAGCUCAUUGUGCAGUGCAGUUGCAGUGGACAAAGGGAAAGCUCAAGUUUUUAGACCAGAAAAGAUGCAGCAAUUGAAAGUUUUGGCGUUCCUGUUGCUAUUAGGCGGCUCUGUACAGGGAAGUGUGGAUCUCUACUCCCUGGAGCUCACCACCAUCAGAGGAGAACAGACAACAAUGGCAAAGUACAAGGGCAAAGUUCUGCUGAUUGUUAAUGUAGCCAGUGAGUGUGGCUAUACUGACAGCAAUUACAAGGAACUGGUCCAGCUGCAAUCAGAGUACGAGGGGAAAGGCUUCACCGUCCUUGGUUUCCCUAGUAACCAGUUCGGACGACAAGAACCAGGCUCCAAUAAAAACAUACUAGACUUUGCAACGACUAAAUAUGCCGUCAAUUUUCCUCUGUUCUCCAAGAUCGACGUAUUGGGUGACAAGUCAUGUGAUCUGUACAACCAUCUCUAUUCUCAAACUUCUGUGAGACCAAGUUGGAAUUUCUGCAAAUAUCUGUUGGAUGCAGAUGGAAAUGUGGUGCAGUUCUUCUCAGCGCAAGAUGCCCUCAAGAGUGUGCGAUCUGGUAUCCAGCAGGUACUGAACAGUAGAACUGAAUUAUAAGCUUUUCUGAAUCGAAGCUAUAUAAUUAUCAACUCAACAUAAUUAUUAACCCCG